GCACGCUCGCCGCCUCCGCGCAGCAGCCAGGCCCCGGGGCCGCCGCCGUGCUCUGAGGCCGCGCUCGCGCCAUGGCGGCGCGGGGAGGCCCGGGCUCCCGGCACCGCGCCCUCCGCGGGCUGCUGCUGCUCUGCCUCUGGCUGCCGAGCGGCCGGCCCGGGGAGCCCGCCGCGCCGCCGUCGGGGGUGGACCGGCUGCUCCAGGACUUCCGCCGGCAGCUUCAGCGGGCGCGGCCGCGCGACGAGCCGGAGCCGGAGCUGCUGGGCGGCCCGCGGGAGGACUGCCCGGGCGCGGGCGGGACGGCGGUCUACCGGGCCGCGCCCGACACCAUCAUCCGCACCCAGGACUCCAUCGCGGCGGGGGCCAGCUUCCUGCGCGCCCCGGGCACCGUGCGGGGCUGGCGGCAGUGCGUGGCGGCCUGCUGCUCCGAGCCGAGCUGCUCCGUGGCGGUGGUGCAGCUGCCCCGGGGGCCCGGCGCGCCCGCGCCCGCGCCCGCGCCCGCGCCCCGGUGCUACCUGUUCAACUGCACGGCGCACGGCCGCAGCGUCUGCAGGUUCGCGCCCCUCCGCGGGUACCGCACUUACACUCUCAGCCGCGCCGGGGACGCCGCCGCGAGCUCGCCCGGCCCAGGUGAGGAUGAGCCUCCACUCAGCAAGGCCGGGAAGGAUGUGGUUUUGCACCUGCCCACAGAUGGGGUGAUUCUGGAUGGCCGAGAGAGCACAGAUGACCACGCCAUUGUCCUCUAUGAGUGGACACUGCAGCAGGGUGACCCAUCAGUGGGCAUGAAGGUGCCUCAGGCAGGAACCCUGCAGUUAUCCCACCUGAAGGAAGGGGCGUAUGUCUUCCAGCUGACGGUGACCGACUCAGUGGGUCAGAGAAGCUCCGAUAAUGUAUCUGUGACCGUCCUUCCCAGGGUCUACUCCACUGGAGGAUGCUCCAGCGCUUGCUCUCGCUACCAUUUCUUCUGUGACAGUGGUUGCUGCAUCGACAUCGCCUGGGCCUGUGAUGGAGUGAGGCAGUGUCCAGACGGCUCUGACGAGGACUUCUGUCAAAACUUGGGCCUUGACCGCAAGAUGGCGACACACACAGUGGCUGCUUCUGCCCAGCCGGGAACCACAAGACUGACUGAAGGUGGAGGAGACCCCUGGGUGGAAAAAUCCCAGAAAGCUCCUGCGCACAACCAACCAGCUACCCUGUCCCACACGGAGAAGAGGGUUCACUCCACCCAGAGGGUCCCAGAGAGCCACAUCAUCCCUGUCAAGCCAGACAGUAAUUCCUCAGGAAAGAACCAAGAAGAUGGAAAUUACAUUUUCAAGUCCAAGAGCGAGCAAGUGCGAGGGGAGCACCCAGCCCCAGAAGCAGGUGCAGUGCUACCCCUGGCACUGGGUCUGGUCAUCACUGCUUUGUUACUUCUCAUGGUGAUGUGCCGACUUCGCCUGGUGAAGCAGAGACUGAAGAAAGCGCGUCCCAUUACAUCCGAGGAAUCCGACUACCUCAUCAAUGGGAUGUAUCUGUAACAAAGCUAUUUAAACAGCGGGGGGCGAGGACGGGCAUCUCAACUUGUUCUUUGGUUCUAUCACUAAGACCUUUUGUUUUCAAUUGUGCUAGAAGACACUACAAUCACAAGCCUUGUUUUAUCGUAAAAUCAUUGUCCUGGGAAGUAAAAUGUCUUAAAAGGUAGAAAGGAAUUCGUGAGACUGAGUUUGUAGCUUGCUGAGAAAGUCAGUACGCCAUGGUGACAGGCGGCAGGCCUGCCUUCAUUCAUUUGGCAGGUGCCAACCGCCGGCCCCAGCAGCGUCCCUUUGUCUUCUGGCCCUCUUCUCCACUGAGUUCCCAUGAGCUCCAUUUUCUUUUCUUCUGCCAAAUCUCUCUGAAAAGGGAUCGUAAGUGAAUUUACACUCAGUGAGCUGUCCCCGAUGAUGGCAGGUCUGGACGUUGUCAGCAUUCUCAGAAGGUCAGCAGAGUCUCCCAGGGAGAGGGACUCUGAUGCUUCUAACCUCAGACUGAGGUGGCGGCUGCCACAUUAGGCUGGCCUUGGAUGAACUCCUUUUGGUUUGGUGCGGCUCUAGGUGGCAGAAUAAGGGGGCAGCAGGGGACCUGGCAGGCAAAGGCAAACAGAAGCGUAGUCGAGGGAUAAGUGAGGACAAUCCGCUCAAUGCUGUGUCAUGGUGUGGAGCAGUGACUGCUUUACGUAUGCACUGUUUUCAACAUGAGCCUUUCUGAUAAAAAUGCGAAUUAGCAAUCAAAACAUUGAUGUCUGGGUAUGCUGCUUGUAAAAAUGCCACCAUGUUCAAGUAUCACAGGCUGCUCAAUGGGCUGAGCCAGACCCUUCCCUUUGUGUGUUUUGCAGAGCUGGAGGUGAGACCCAGGAGCCUGUUUGUACCAGGCAGGUGCUCUACCACUGAGCUACAUCUGCCCUCACCAUCCUUUAUGUUAUUAAAAUGUUAUAACAUACAAUCAGCUAAUGUCAGGAUGUAUUUGCAGAGCAGAAUAUACUUGCACAAAUUCACCUUUAUGGGAAACGAGCAUCCCGCUUAGCAUCUUUAAGUUUGUAAGGAGAAAAGGCAGAUUCUUCCAUCACCACUCAGUGGUUGAACACAGAAGCUGCUCUGAGGGAAGUGCAGUGUGGUGCCCAUUUUUAUUAACAUUGUUUCUAUUUUCUUUAUUGUAAGUGUAACAUCACAAAACACAGUAGUCUUUUUAGACUGAACUUAAAGUAGUAGUUCCUUUAACAAGGGGAGCGCAUUUUGGGGAGCGCAUAUAACCUAUCAAAACAUAGUAAUAAAUGGGUAGUUCUAGAAAAGCAAAAUGUUUGCUUUUGUCUCUUGAGACCCUAUCUCUAGCCUUUUGCUGUUUAGAGCUGAGCAAUGGUGUAGAUGUUACAGUGGCAGUCUGUGAGAUGAGCUGAGUGAAUGAACUUACCUGCACUCUGAUGCCGUGCGGCUCAUUUCUGGAGGUCACCUACAGCCAUACCCAGUAAAACAGAAGCUGAUAAGGCAUGUUUCUUUCUGCACAUCUUUUAUAUACAAGCGUUAACUCCAAUCUAGUAUUGCUAUUGUUUGGAAGUACCUGAGAAAAGAUGUCUUGUAUGUACUAUUCCUUUAAUAAACUAUUUUAUUCUU